AUGGCUACGCUACACACCGAGCCACCCUCAGGGAGCAUCCGUGCGCAGGAUGACCAACCGCGAACAGCGCCUGAAGCUUCUGCGCAAGAUUUGGCUGGAAAAGGGAGGGCAACCGCAUCAAAACCCAAAAAACGUUUUGUGGGCAAGUCUACGGGGCCAUCAGGUUCUGGAGCCAAAGGGAGCCCCUCCUCCCCGCGUGGAAUUCUGCAUACAUCCGUACCACCAGAGAUCCUUCAGGAUUCACUCUUGAAUGAGGCCAUUGCGCAAAACCUGCCCAGCAACUACCAAUUUGAGAUGCACAAGACAAUCUGGAACAUCCGGAAAUGGGAUUGCAAGAUGGUGGGGCUUCAGAUGCCAGAGGGACUGCUCAUGUGGGCGUGCAUCCUCAGCGAUAUUAUCGAACGCUUCACCUCUGCACAGACCGUGAUACUCGGAGACGUAACAUAUGGAGCAUGCUGUAUUGAUGACUACACGGCCCUCGCACUAGGAUGCGACAUGUUGGUUCACUAUGGCCACUCCUGCCUCGUUCCAAUCGACGUCACCACCAUACGAACGCUCUACGUCUUUGUGGAGAUCUCAAUCGACUCUGAACAUCUCGUGCGCACCAUCCGACGCAACUUUCCAAGCAACAGGGACGAUUUUCUGCGCGAGGUUGUCCACCAACAACACGAUGGAUCCGCGCAGGGGCCUGAAGCAACGCCCAUUGGUACGGUGAUUGCCGGUCGACGGAGGAUUGAAGGGAGUCAGCCUGAGAAAAAGCCGACGGCCGUGGAGCUCGAGAACGGUGGGACCUCUGCUGAUUUGGCUACAGUCGGCCAGGAGCACACGCGACUGGCGUUGGUGUCGACUAUUCAGUUUUCAGCCGCGUUGAAUAAGCUCAAGGAAGAUCUGUCGGCAGGGCUUGUGCUGGACGGGAAACCGACCGACACCGAGCAGGAGCAGAGUGGUAGCACCGUCGCUCACUAUGAUCCUAACGUGGAUUUGGACUCUGGCGUGUAUAGCGUCUCUGUUCCGCGUUCCAAGCCGCUGAGCCCAGGAGAGAUACUGGGAUGUACGGCGCCGAGACUCAAGGACGUCGAUGCCAUACUAUAUCUCGCAGACGGUCGUUUUCAUUUGGAGGCCAUUAUGAUCGCCAAUCCGACGGUUCCUGCGUUUCGAUAUGACCCCUAUUCCAAAAAGCUAACACGAGAGUACUAUGACCAUGAAGAGAUGCGGGCGGUUCGUGGUACAGCCGUGACAACUGCAAAGGCCUCACUCCCUGGUGACGCUUCUCAGACUGUCUGGGGCGUCGUGUUGGGAACCUUGGGUCGCCAGGGAUCUCUGCGUCAAAUGGAGGCCAUUCUCCGGCAGCUGGAUACGUAUGGGGAGGAUACUGGCACCUCGAAUCGCAUACCCUACAUGCCUAUCCUCCUAUCCGAGCUCAGCCCUGCAAAGCUCUCACUGUUCAAUGAUGGGUCUCAAGGGAAUAUCACUACCUUUAUUCAAACGUCGUGCCCAAGACUAUCCAUCGACUGGGGGUAUGCGUUUGAGCGACCGUUGUUGAGCCCGUACGAGGCAGCGGUCGUACUGGGCAGAGCGAGGGGUUGGGACGACAAUGUAGAGGAUGACACAGGUUCCAUGGCGAACUCGGCGAUUCGCGGAGUGUAUCCCAUGGACUUUUACGAGGCAGGGAGUGUUUGGGCGACGAGUCGCCUCAAGGGCAGAGACACUGUAUGGCCGCUACAGAUAGCUGUAUAG